UUUCUCUUAAAGGACGACCAUUAGAAGAUAAUGAUAACCCCUACACAAAUCAUUUCAAAUGUUCACGAAAUAGGGUAAUACAAAACUACACUCUACACAGAUAUUGUGUAGAGAUUAAAUAAUUCCGACUCGACUAGCUUGCUUCUGACAGUGGUCCCUACUUAAAUAAUCUUGUGUUCCUCUGGAUGGUUCGCGAAUGCCGCUUCGAAGUUUUUCUGGAACCCGCCGCACAGUGGUCGAUUUGUUAAAUGUAGGUGGACAAAAAUAGAAAAUUUUUAUUUUUCAAAUGCAACCAUUUAAUGCCGAUGGGACGACAAAUGUUUAUGAAUAAUAAAUCCAAAGCAAUAAAACUGUUUCCUUUCCCGGUUUCAUUGUUAUGAAGCAGGUAAAACCACCCCGACACAGCUCUAGUUCACGCGUCAGUCAGUACGAACGUACGAAAGUAUCACGUCAUUUGAAGAAUGUUUGUGAAAACAGUGUUUUGAAGGUUAUACAUUAUUAUGGAUACUCCUAUCGAAGGUAUGUAAUUAAUUUUACUACAAGACCGUACGCCUAAAUUAGUUAAAAACACCAUAUUAUUCAAAUGCAGGAAAUCGUAAAAAAGCCCAACUUUAAGUAAUGUUUUAAUAAUGUUGGCAUCAGUUGGCACUGACGGAAUAAAUGUCGGCAUAUUCCGCGUUUGAUUCUUUAUAAGACAAAAAAAAAACAUACUGCCCCAAUUUGCCCCUUUAUUAAUUAUGAAUUUUUUUAGAGAAUGCCACCGCCGGCGCCGUAUCUAGACGUGUGUUAUUCGACAUAUGGCGCCGCGCUACAACUCCCGCGCAAAAUAAAACGGAGGUAUACAACUUUAUUGUAAAGCAUCUGAAUCUUACGGACAUCAGUGAGUCUAUUAAAACUACUAUUUCGGAAAGAGUAAGGUAUUUUUGCCGUCACGCAGAAAAUAAAUGGAAAAGUAGUAAUAGAAUGGAGAGUAGGUUUCUUCUUGCAAAUGCAAAAUGGCUGGAUGUUGCACUCACAUUUAAAGCCGAAAUAGCAGAAGCAAAUAAAACUAACCUGCCAGGAACUAGUUCUGGUAGUCGUGGUCGUCCUAAGAAGCUAUUUCCUGAAUCUAGUUCAAAAACAAAAAAGCGAAAAGUCGAGCUUCUGUUAAAUAUUACACCUGAACGCCUUAAUUUUGCUACAGAGAUGACUUUACGCAAAGGUGGUCGGAGAGAUGCGGCACGAAUUGUAAAAGAAAUCACGGAAUCCUCUCCACAAAGGGCCACAAAACUUAAGAAAGCGUUUCACAGACCUGCAAAAGACUUACCAAAAAAAUUAAGCUCUGAAGAAGCUUUGGCAUUGUUUGUUGAUACUAAAUUAACGAAACAUCAAUAUACCGUGAUUAGAAAAGUUUCAAUUAAACAAAACGCAAAUAUAUACCCAGGUUAUGACCAACUUUUGGACGCAAAGAAAGCUUGCUACCCAAAAAGCAUAAAGAUUUCCGAGAUUUCCGCCGAAGUAAACCUGCAAGCGUUGUUGAAUCACACGGUUCAACGUUUGAUAAUGUCGAUAGAAGAACGUCUGCUUAAUGAAUUAACCACUGAUGAAAAAAAAAACAUCAAAAUGAUAUAUAAGUGGGGAUGUGAUGGUGCUUCUGGGCAGGGACAUUAUAAGCAAAAAUUUACAAAUCAACCACAGGCAGAUGAUUCAUUCUUAUUUGUGAUUUCCAUGGUACCAUUACAAAUGACUUGCAAUGGAAAGGUCUUAUGGCAAAAUCCAAAACCAUCAUCGACAAGCUAUUGCCGUCCCAUAAAAUUAAUUUUUAAAAAGGAAACAGCUGAGAUGACAAAAAAAGAAGUUGCUGAAAUAGAACAGCAAAUUAGUGGACUAAGUUGUACAGAAUUACUACAUCAAAACCAUAGAGUGAUGGUAUCACACCAACUUGUGAUGACAAUGGUUAAUGGCAAAGUUUGCAAUGCUGUGAUGGGACAAUCAUCGCAGAAAUGUUAUAUAUGUGGAGCUACUCCAACACAAAUGAAUAACCUGAAAAGUCACCAAACUAGAACAGUCAAUCCAUUGGCUUUGACGUUUGGUAUUUCCAAUUUGCAUGCCUGGAUUAGAUGUUUUGAAUGUCUGUUGCACAUUGCGUAUCGUGUUAACACAAAAACCUGGCAGAUAAAAAAGCAUGACAAGGAGGCAGUAGAAUUACGGAAGAAACUAAUACAAGAUAAAUUUAAGGAAGAAACUGGAUUACUAGUGGAUGUACCAAAGCCUGGUAGUGGAACCACCAAUGACGGUAAUACCGCUCGACGAUUUUUUAAAAAUCCUGAAAUAUCGUCUAGAAUAACAGGUAUUAACCAAGAACUUAUUAAACGUUUUGGUGUAAUUUUAGAGGCUAUUUCGACAGGACAUAAAGUAAAUCUAGAUGCGUUUAAUAAAUACACAUUUGCCACUGCCGAAAUGUAUGUAAAAGAAUACGGUUGGUACUACAUGCCAGCAAGUGUACAUAAACUGUUAAUACAUGGAGGUGACAUAAUUUCGUCAGCAAUCUUGCCUAUUGGGCAAUUAUCGGAAGAAGCCCAAGAAGCGAGAAAUAAAAAUUGUAAAGGAUUUAGAGAACGUCACAGCAGAAAAUUUUCGCGACAAGAAACAAUGGAAGAUUUGAUGCAUAUGCUCUUAAUUACAUCAGAUCCUCUAAUAACCAGCCUAAGGACCCAUCAACAGAAAAAAAGCAGCACUUUAUCACCAGACGUAUUAUCGUUGCUUCAGACAAUACCUGAAGCCUCGACCGAAAUCGAACUUGAUACUAUGGAUACAGACACAGAAGAAGAUUCGCCUUAUGAACUCUCUACCAGUGGCGGCUCGUGAAGUUUUCUUCAGAGGAGGCUCAAAUUUGAAAACCAAUACUUUUUAUAUCCUUCAUUAUCUGAAUAAUUUUUUUGUCAUGCUCACGAAAAGAACACUAUAGAUAAACUAUUGCAUCGAUUAGUCUUUUCAAAAUUGCCCUAUUUUCACCAACUUUCUCGUUAUAGUUCUCAAUAUCCCUCUUAUGAGCGGAAUCUAAAGUAGUAGAAGAAAAUAUGUGUUCCUGUGAUUUUUCAUGCCUUUACACUGCACAUGAGACUGACUUAUUUUCGUUGCUCAUUCUCGUUAAGUAUAAGUAAUAUUAAUAUGCCGAUAAUACCAGCUGUUUUUAACGAUCAGAAAUAAAACGCAAAUAAAUGAUAUAAAAAACACCUUAGGCUUUACGUAGGUACUAAAGCCUAAACACCAUUCACCACUGAAUAGGGAGCACGCGAAACCACCUCAAUGUUUUUCCAAUUUACACCCGAUCGCGCGAGUUAAUAAGAAAGAGAUAAAAUAAUCCGUGCGACUUGAUCUGAAAAGAGAUGCACUAGCCGGAGGCUAGCGGCCUGAAGCGGCACCACGAUGAACAUUUUAGCCAAUGCAGUGCUGAAUGACUAUGCGUCAAGGUUGCGGUCUCAAUAGUAAGAUGCAUUCUCGGCGGAGGCUAGCUUCUACGGCUGAAGCCAAACGCGGAGUGGUGUGAAUUAUGAUUUAAGGGCGCAAAUAUAAUUUUUUUCGAUAUUUUAACCUGAUAUAUGAUGAAAGUAAAUUAAAUCAAACAAAAUAUUCUGAAUAGUAACAAAUGUCUAUAAAAAUACAAAUUCUUUCAUCGAAAAAAUUAGAGGAAGCUCAGCUCCAAAAAACAGAGGAGGCUCAGCCUCCCCUGCCUCCUCUGAGGAGCCGCCACUGCUCUCUACUUCAGACUCUGAUGAAUAAGUUAUUUGUUUUAAUGUGAUAUCCAGUUUAGUGUUUUUAACAGUAUUUAACAGUAAUUAAUAAAUAAGCAAUAAGUUGUUAGUUAAUAGUCGUUGAUGCAUUUAAAUUUGUU